CGGAGGCAGGGGCCCCGGCGCGGGCGUCGGGUCUGCAGCAUCCCGGCUCCGGGGCUCCGGUCUCCAGCUCCUCGGCUCCCAAUCCCCUCCCUUCUCCCGCCCUCGCCUCCACGCGGGGCUGCCUGGGCCGGCCUGCUCCGUGCACUUUGCCCCUUUUUGGCAGCGGAUAAAAGAAGUCAGGAAAUACGGGACUCGGCCGGCCGCUGCCAACUCUACCCUUUAAAUCCACGGCUCCGGAGACCACGCACAGCGAGGCAGGCCUGGACGCCCGGCCGCACGCAGCAGGUUUGGAGCGCAGCUUCACCAGAUCGCCUCGCGGAAGAGGCCUCUGGCACCGAAGUCCACCCUCUGGAUCAGAGGUACCACUUUGCGCAGUCCCAGCCCUCGGAAGUGAUCCCAGCAACCGAGAGCCGAGAUGCCGGCCCACAUGCUGCAGGAGAUGUCUGGCUCCUACACCACCACCACUACCAUCACAGCGCCCCCUGGGGGCCUGCAGAAUGGAGUACAGAAGCCGGACCCGGCUCCCCAGUACGCGGAAGCAGACGUCCGCCCUGAAAUAGAUGACACGCACGACCCCAGCUACCAGGACGAGGAGGGCCCCCCGCCCAAGCUGGAGUACGUCUGGAGAAACAUCAUCCUGAUGACCCUGCUGCACACGGGAGCCCUGUACGGGAUCACACUGGUUCCCACCUGCAAGUUCUACACUGUCCUGUGGGCAUAUCUGUACUAUGUGGUCAGUGCCCUGGGCAUCACGGCAGGAGCUCAUCGACUGUGGAGUCAUCGAACUUACAAAGCACGGCUGCCUCUGAGGAUCUUCCUGAUCAUGGCCAACACAAUGGCUUUCCAGAACGAUGUGUAUGAAUGGGCCCGAGACCAUCGUGCCCACCACAAGUUCUCAGAGACACACGCUGACCCUCACAAUUCUCGACGUGGCUUUUUCUUCUCUCACGUGGGCUGGCUGCUUGUGCGCAAACACCCAGCUGUCAAAGAGAAGGGUGGUUUGCUGGACAUGUCUGACCUCAAAGCCGAGAAACUGGUGAUGUUCCAGAGAAGGUACUAUAAGCCUGGCCUCCUGUUGAUGUGUUUCAUCCUGCCCACACUAGUUCCCUGGUACUGUUGGGGUGAAACUUUUCUACACAGCUUGUAUGUUGCCACUUUCCUGAGGUACGCUGUGGUGCUCAAUGCCACCUGGCUGGUGAACAGUGCUGCCCACCUCUUCGGAUAUCGCCCUUACGAUAAGAACAUUGAAUCUCGGGAGAACAUCCUGGUUUCACUAGGAGCUGUAGGCGAGGGCUUCCACAACUACCACCAUGCCUUCCCCUACGACUACUCCGCCAGUGAGUACCGCUGGCACAUCAACUUAACCACAUUCUUCAUUGAUUGCAUGGCUGCCCUCGGUCUAGCUUAUGACCGGAAGAAAGUAUCCAAGGCCGCUGUCUUGGCCAGGAUUAAAAGAACUGGAGAUGGAAGCUACAAGAGUGGUUGAGUUGGGUCAUCUGGGUUUCUUUUCCAAAAGCCAGACUGUCAGAGGUUUAAUGUGUUAAUUAACUACUGAAAAAUGCUACCAGGAUGCUAAAGAUAUAUUAACCUAUUCCGGUACAGUAUUCUUUAAAAUGGGAAAGUUUUGAUAACUUUUUAAGGUAAUACAUAUUUUAAUUAGCCAGAUUUAACCAUACCACAAUAUAUGUACAAACAUGUUGUACAUGAUAAAUACAUGGCAAUUUUAUGUGUCAAUUUUUAAAAAUAAAUAAUAAAUUGGAACAUUCUUUAAAAAGAGUAUUGAAAAGCCAGCAACUAUGCUCAUAAUGUUAAACAGACAUGCUUCUCUCUUCUCUUUCCAUUGCCCUUUGCACUGUUUCUACCACCUUCCUUUCUCUUCUUCCUCAUAGCCUCCCAGGCAAAUAGCUGGUCAGUCACGGAUCUGUGCCCACCUUGUAAAGUGUACACAACCUUCCUAAAGGUCUAAAGGUGAUGAUCUUUCUCUAUAUAACUUUAUUUGAUCUCCCCUGAGUUUCAAGAUAGGUGCCUCAAACCAGAGAUAAAAUUUUCUGGGAAGUCCUCUGCUAAUUGUCUUCAACCCCAGGCUUUGCUUGAUGGAAAGGAAAAAUGUAUUUGGCACACAACUUGUAAAGCAGGAGAAAGUUAACAUGUGGGAGGGAUAUGGUUCAUUAGUAAGGAUAGCAGAUUAGUAAGGAUAGGAGAGAAAUGGGGAAAGAGGAGAAGGCAGAUCAGGCCCAGCUGCCUGCCUAGCAAAGCAUGGAGCCCUCCACACAGCACACCUUCCUUCUCUCCUGAUUGUGCCAGGAGUUGGAUGAUGUGGAACACAACAGGUCAGUGACUGAAGAUAAGGAGGAAGCAUUUACUGUGUAGAAAAUGUGGUCUCUGCUGGAAGUAUUUUUUAUUGAUAACAAGAAGAGUUCUAUGCAGCAGCUGUUUUGAGGAUUCCAUGAGCUGCUUAUCUAACUCCUUUGAUCUUUCUGCUCUCCAUCCUUAGGAUAUUUGUUGUUCCCUCACAGUAAUAGGAUUUCUAUGGCAUUUCUACACAUCCAGAAAUGAGAGGAUUUUAACACGUGAAGUCGAGUCAAACAAAAAUAUUCAGACAUGUAAUCUUUGCCUGGAACAUGAAAAUAAUUAGUAUAUUUCCUUCUGAAGGAAAAGCCAAGGAAACUUGGAGAGGAGAAGUUAGCUGCUUGUCUCUUCCUCCCAUCACUGGACAGGAGCUAGAUUGAGGGGCAGCGUUUGUAGCAGCUCCUUAGAUAACUUUCCAAAGGACUCGGAGAACACAUCCGGGGGAUUCAGAAUUAAUAUAUGGAGUUAUUAGGUGUCCUAACGGAGCACGUUCGAUGAGACCUCCAUGUAGCAGCCCCAUUUGCUGCAGAUUGAAUAAAAAUUAGUCAUUUCUCCAAGGCAUUGUGCUCUUGCACUCAUUGCUCGCCCUGUGACCAUCAGCCUAUUGUGUAUGACUGCCUGGGAGUAGGGUAGGAGUCAGUAACUGUCCUGAUUCUUGCUUCCUGCUUCUACCCCAUGUAUCCCUUUCCACUUACAAUUGUCUCUGUUCCCUGACCUUUGCUUCUUCCUGCCUGUUUUCAGGCAGCCCCCUUUCCUGCAGACAAUGCUCACAGGCUCUGAACUUCCGUGUUUUGCAGUGGAGAUGACUGUUACUUUCCUGUGGCCUCUAGAUUUCUCUGCACCUUCACUAUGCCCACCCUCCCCCCAUGGCUCCAGAAGAAGUUUCCCAUAAUUUGUAGAGGUGUCAGUGACUCAGAGGUUCUCUGACGGAGCAAGGCCAGUAAGCUAGCCAUGGAGCUUGUCAGUCUCCUAUGGGUCAAAACAGGAUUCUAAGGGCCCUGUGUGCUCAGCAAUGCUGCCCCAUUUGAUCAGCACUCCCACUUGGCAUUGUAAUGGUUGCAUUUUUUUUUUUUGGUGCCCAAGAUCGAACUUGGGACCUUGGCCUUUCAAGGCAGGUGCUGGAACCAUUGAGCUAAAAUCCCCGGCCCUAUCUGUAAUGGUUGUAGAAAGAGCAAGCUGCUCAGUCCUCGCUGGGAAGCACAAGAAGCAAGGGCAAGUUCCCAGGUGCCUCACAUUGAAAGGAGACCCCAAUCUCUGGAGCCAGGCUGUUCUACCAGUCUUCAACUGAGACAUUAGAUCUGAUGGCAUCUCAGAUGAACUUUGCAGAACAUUGUGUGUGUUUUGAGGACCAGGGAUCUUUCCUGUUCCUGUACCACAGGUGUCAGUGCAGAAGCCUGGCUCUGCUCUGUCAGGAUUAACAGUGCCCAGUACCAAAUGUUUUGUCCAUUGUUGAUUCCUAGUGGUGAAAAGGAGCAGAGUCUUCCUGUGUCCAUUUAAUCGAGGCUGCAGCCACCAGCCUGUGCUGGGUCAGCCUUGUCUUUGACCUGUUCAUUAAAGUAGAAAAGAGUCGUGGAAGAUCACUGAUCAAAUCUGCAGACCUAUAUGCUUACCCCUUGCCUACUGCCUGUUAGGUGUUUUUAAUUCUACAGGUUAUUAGAUGCCUGCUUUAAAAUAUAUGGACAAUAAAAUCAACUUUCUCUUCUAAUCCUAUUCCAUGGAUCUGAUCCAUUCCAUGUCCCUAUAACAAGGCUGGACAUGGAGACCACAGAAUGAGACACCCAGCGUACACUUGGGUGUGUAUGCAGGGGUAUGUCAGUUCAGUGAGGAACACUUUGAGAUUCUGAAGCUCAGUUCAAGUGGCACAUUAAUGAGAAACUGAUCUCAAGAGUGAAUUUCUAAGUCCUUGUAUGGAUAUGGAUUCAUCCGUGUGGAUUCACUCAAGGUUGAAUUUCUUUUCUUUUCUGGUACCGGGGAUCGAACUCAGGACCUUAUGCUUGCAAGGCAGGCAACAGCACCACUGAGCUAAACCCCUGGCCCAAGAGUGAAUUUCUAACAGUCCUUCCCAUAUGGACAACGUACUUACUCGGUGCCUUACCUCUUUUCUAAUCCAUGUUGCAUGUGAGCCUGGCCUCCCUCUUCCAGUGUCAGCAAGAGACUGGCUGGAAGAUUAUCAGUACAGCGAAUAGCAGGAUUCUUCUGGGUUUCAUUUUGGGAACUUUAGGGAUACUUUUACCAAGAGCACAAAAUUGAUGAAGGUUGGAAAUUAUUUGAAUGUGUGUGAUUUAUUAUCUUUAAACAUGUGGUAGCACUUAAAAUGGAAAGUUUUCUCCUUAGUUUGCUAAUAUUCUGACUGAAUUCUCUAAGUGUAGCUCACAUGAAUUACUGUAAAAGGCAAACAAAGCAAUGUGACUAAGUUACAUUGGUUGCCAAAGCGGUCCUCUCCUACCACUAUGCUACUGACUUCUCUCUGAUCCUCUGUUUUGUAACAAUCGUACUUCUGAGAUAAGGUCAUUAAUCUCUUCACAACCCUUCGAAACUAAUCACCUCUUAAAUGUCCCACCUCAAACUGUUGCAUUGGGGAUGAGUUUUACAAUUCAUGAACUUGGGGGAGACUGAAACCAUUGCACUAGGCAAAUCACAUAACUAUAAUGUGCCUCACUUUUCCUUCUGUUACAAUGGGGUAAUAAAACUGACCUACCUCAAAGAGCAGUUCUGGGGUGUGACUAGAGCUUUUAUUAAGCAUUUUGGCAUCCUCAGCAGAGGAACUGUCAAGUCAUGGAGACCUUUAUAGUAGCAGUGUCCACCGUGAACUUGACAUGUAUGUAUGUUCUGGAUACCAUCAUUAGUCUAUAUGGUUCUUUCAAGAGAUUCAGUACUUCCACUGGAAAAGUGGUGUAUAACUACAAGUUAAGACAGAACUUGCGAAUGUAUACUUAUUGCCAUGAAAACAUAUGCAGUAUACUUUUUCCUUGCCUGGGUGGGAUUUUUUUCUUUUUUAUGUGAAAUAGUAGUUUGUAAGCUAAGAAAUUUUGAAAUGAUUCUCAUUAAUAUCAAUUCUGAAGCUAGCUGUACUGAUCUGAGAUCAUGUUUGUUCAUAAUAAAUGUGAAUCUGUACUGUC